AUGGCUCUGCGGAUUCCUCAGCUAGAGGCAAGAAAAAGGGACGAGAAGAUUCUCGACUAUUUCUUGUCAGAUUUGUUGCGUCUCGCCGUCAACUUUCCAAUUUUCGAUUCAAGAGAGGACGAAAUGAAGCUCGCGUUGAAAACCUUCCUGUGGUAUUUUAGUAUUUGGAAACGAGGACAGACUUUUGGCCAGAAGACCCUUAAUAUGUCGUACAGAAAAGCCGGAAAUCCUAUUCUUUCGCAUCAGCGAGUCGUCUACUUGCUCAUAGAUGUAAUUCUGCCAUAUCUCACGGAAAAGUGGGCUUUUCAACGCUUCACGAAGUACGUGUAG